CAGCACCGGUAACAUUCAGCGAUGUUUACAGGAAAAAAAUUAUCAACGACACCGGUUCAGAGCUAAGGUUCCUAAUAGCCGGGUUUUCCAUAUUUCUUUUUAACUUUAUUCAUUUAUGAUUAAGCCAAUAAUUAGUACAAGAGGUAAAACUUGUGUCUGCUUUCUCAACGACUUGGACCCAUCAACUUUCCGACAACCCGGUCUCACAAACCGGAUGUUGUAGUCACGUGUUUCACAGAUUUGACCCCUGCAUGGCGAACUUGGUGUCCUAGCAAUGUCGUCUACAAUACUAAGUCUCAAGUCUUUGAGUAAACUUGCAGCAUGUUGUCAUUUAAAACAAACAGUGAUGGUUAUCUCCAGCUGUCAGGUGGUAACACAGACAAAGGAGAAGUCACGUGAUCUCCAGAAAAUUGUGAUACCCAAGCGAAUAAAAAGAGGUCCCACUGAUAUUCUGGAUGCCUUGUCACAAACAGUUGGAAAGGAUUAUACAGCUCCAGCAUAUCGCUAUAUAGAUGAUCCUUAUCUUAUCCCCACCAGUACCUAUGCCAAAAGAAUUUAUGCAUUAUCUAAAGCCUCUGGAAGAAAGACCGCUAACUACAUGUUACAGAAAUUUCCAAAGAACUUCAGUCAUAAUCCAGCAGUUCCUCAUGUACCGAGCUUCAUGCCUCACGUAGAGAAGGGAUUCCAUAAAGCUCCAGCGAACGAGUCAACUUUGUUGGAAUGUGUGAAGCUGCGUAAAGUUACCAGUGCCAUGGCAGUCUAUGACAGAGUUCUUGCUGGAGGAGCAACAGUCUCUUCAGAUGUAUUUCAACAACUUCUUGACCUGCUCUGUAUAUACAACUGCCAAAAUGUAGAAGUGCCCCUGACUCCCGAAGAAUAUUUUUAUCAGCGUGAUCUUGAUUCCUCCAGGAAUCAAAGAUCAAUCAAGAAUACAUGGAAACAGGAUGGCAUGGCAGAAAAGAUAUUCAAUGACAUGACGGAAAAGACACCUGAAGCAUAUUGUUCUUUAAUUCAAGGUGCAGCAAAGUAUUAUAACAUGGAACGGGCUUUUAAUCUGUAUGAUGAAAUGAAAGGGAAAAAAUUACCAGUGAGUUUAUCAGCUUACAACAGCCUUCUGCAUGUAGCUGUGUAUCAUGGUGAUACAUACCCCAUGAAGUGGAAUCUCAUUCUUAACCUUUUAAAAGACAUGAAAUCUUCGAAAUUACAACCUAACUUAGCGACUUUCAAUGCAGUUCUAAACAGCCUUUCAAGAAUGACUCGCUUCGGCAAAUGCCGAAUGAUUGCACACAAUGUUUUGACUGAAAUGAAGAACUGUGGUAUUGAACCUAGUUUGGCAAGCUGGAGUAUGUUUAUAAACAUCAUCUAUUUCAAUGAGAAUGUGGAGUCCCAGGUUAUUUAUCAAAUCAUGGACCACCUGAAGGAUAAGGAAAUGACACUGCAACAUCCAGCUGAUUUUGAUUUCUUUGCAAAUGCUAUGGCUAAGUGCUAUAUCCAAAUUAAAGACUUGGAAUUGGCCUACAAAAUCGAUGAAUUCCUUCACUGUGGUUCUAACUACAAAUUCCUUGGUGAUGCCUUUAAGGAAGGAAUCUAUUAUUCGUUCUUUUUCCGCCUAAUUUGUCAAUUUGAGACUCUGGAGAAAAUCAUGUACUACUAUGACUUGUUCGCCCCAAAUAUGUGGACACCAAACACUUUGGCACUGUCUGAACUGUUGAAGGCAAUUCAACUUCAUGAUGGCCAAGAACAUCUUCCUCGAAUAUGGUCUGACCUGGUUAUGUUUCAAUUCACACGAGGAGAAGAAACUGGGACAAUAUUUAAGUUAAUGGCUGAUGAGAGCCGGCCUGAGCUCCUCUCGCAGUUUGCUGAUGUUGCAGUGAAAAUUAUUGAGAGAUGGACAGAAGAAAACGAUGCAAACAUAAGAGAGUUUAUUGUAUUAACAGGUGAACUCCUUGGAAAUAUGAUGGUAAUUGUUAUGAAAGCUGAUCGUUUUAGUGAUGCCUGGAAUAUAUUCCAACUGUAUGAGAAACAUUCUCCAAAACUUUCUAAUGUGCCCAGUGAGAGUGCCAUGUCGAUGCUGUUGGAUGGUUGCCUGAAUGAAAAGCACACUAAAAAUCUGUUGCAAUGUGUCAAAACUAUGAAUAAAAUUGGUUAUAUGAUACCGAAAGACAAGGCUACUAAAAUAAAAGAGGAACUGCAGCUAAGUGAAAAAGAUCGGUACAUUCUGGAUAUGUGCUCCAGCUCAGUGAAGAAGACAGAUGGAGAGUAACAAGAAACAUUUAAAAGCUGUAGUGUAAUUUUGUUGGCACUGUGGAACAAAACUUUUGCAACCAGAAGCAGCAGCAGGAAUAUGUAUUUGAUUGAUUCUUGUAUAAAGUGUAUUUUUUAUUCAGUUGACAUGAAAUCCUGUUUGUUGUUGUUGUUGUUUUACUCCUGAUUGUUGAAACUGAAAGUGUUAGAGGAUCUGGCAAUGUAUCAUGUUAAAAAAAAUAUAUGUUAGUGACAGAGGCAGUAUCAAUGCCCAGAGAUAAUAUUUAUCCCCACUUAAAUGUGGAUGUUCUGUUAGAACAAAGUAUACUGAGGUAGAUAUCAUGAGGGAAACUCUCAUAUUAACUUUUGGUGCAAAAUGCACUCUUGUUUAUAUCACUGGUGGGGAAAUAAAUCCCUGCCACCUCCAGCACCAAGCCCACCAGAUCACAUGAUUUCGACAUUCCUUGAUCUAAUCGAUGAUGGAUGCUUGACUGUUAGAGAUAGCAGCAACUCAUCUCCCCACCAGCAAUAUAU